AUGAUAACGCCGUAUUCGAACGUGUGGCCCAAGACGUUGUCAUCACCUGAAGGCGAUCGAUUGGUUAUCGCUGUCAAGCACGCAAGACUCUCUGGCGACCAAGAUUUCCUGGAUGCCGAAUCUGCGCGCACUGCUCUUGAACUGGCAAAGGAUGUGGAGUGGUGGUCAGUGUCCGCCAGCGAUUUGAUUUACCAAUUGCGACAAGUUAAGAGCCACUUUGAUGAUCCUUCGACGUACUAUCUUUGCCGUACCUCCAGUGACUUCGCGGCGAACCGCCCAUACCAACCCAAUUCCAUCUUCACCAAUACGUCUUUUUAUCAAGCCCAGAAUGGCGAUGGGGUGGCGGCAUCAAGAAUAUUCUACCUGGUAGCGGGCGCUGUCAUCAAGGCUGGCGCGGAUGCUAAGCUGGCCAAGCAGGCAGUAGUGGAGUUGCGAGGACGGUGUUCAAACUCAGGCGACAUUGCCCAGGAAUUCAACAACAUUCUCACACUCUACACUGAAGGCCAAUCGUUCAUUCAAAUUCUCGAUAACAAGAAACUCAACAAACCCCUGGAAGCAUUAGCCAAACGCCUGUCGACUUACAUCGCCACAACGAAUAAAUCCGCUGUAACAGGCUGA